AUGACUGAGGUUGAUGGUCGAAAAACCGUUCUCAUCACCGGGUGUGCACCGGGAGGCAUAGGCCAUUCUCUUGCUUUGGCCUUCCAUGAACGUGGACUACGGGUCUUUGCCACGGCACGCAAGACUGAACAGUUGACGAGCCUGUCGGAGAAAGGUAUUGAAACCUUGUCCCUGGUCGUCGAUAACGACGAAUCGAUCGUCUCGUGUAAAGAGGCCGUGGAGAGAUUGACCGAGGGCCGUGGACUAGACUACUUGGUCAACAAUGCGGGAGUCUCGUAUGUCAUGUCAGCUCUUGAUAUCGAGAUCUCGGAAGCGAGGAAGAUAUUCGAUGUCAAUCUGUUCGCCAUCAUGAGGAUGGUGCAGGUGUUUUCAGGCCUCCUCAUCCAAGCGCAAGGAACCAUCGUGAUGAUUGGCAGCGUUGCCGGCGUCGUCCCCUACGUGUUUGGCAGUGUCUACAAUGCAUCCAAGGCGGCCCUGCAUGCUUACUCGAACACCCUCAGGGUCGAAUUGGCCCCCCUCGGUGUCAAGGUCAUCACCGUCGUGACCGGCGGGGUCAAGUCCAGGAUCAAUUCGCACGUCACCCGCGUCCUGCCCGAGAAUAGUAUAUACACCCCUGUGGAAGGGAACUACAUCCGCCGCCAAGGUCACUCGCAAGAAGGAGCCAUGUCCAACGAAGCGUACGCUGCGAGCGUCGUCCGACAGGUGUUGCCUGGAGCCGGCCCGUGGCCCUGGAAGUGGUUAUUGCGCGACGCAAGGAGGAGAUGGAUCUGGGAAGGCAACAAGUCUUGGGUGGUGUAUUUCCUUUCCGGUGGGUACACGUGGUCUGGCGUCUUCGAUUUCUACUUUACGAGAUUAUUCGAGCUCUGGAAGCUCAGGCGCAGCGGCAAAAAGGACGACUAAUGACAGUGUGCGACAUCUCCUGGUGGUGGUGGCCUUGACCGCUCGCAUAUGAGAUUUUGGCCCCACAACCGAGAUUUCACAGUCAGCUACGAUCUUUUCGUCCGAGUAGGCCUUGCCGGGACUCCGAAUCCAAAAGAGCAUACCAACCCUUCGAACCUGCAUUUCGACCAUAUCGGUCGAGAUAGCGCGACACAAGGCCCAAUGAACAGCCACCAAAUACGGGUCUGAAAUGCGUGGAAAACCCCCCAGCAAUAAGGGUGCCAAUGUUUCAACCC